AUGAGAUCUAAUAGAAAAAUGCUGUUACUGAUUUCGUUUCUUUUAUCACUGCUGUUGGUUGAGCGCCAUUUCAGGAAUCAUCAAGUAAAAGAAAUUCGACUCUCAGACUGGUUUAAUCCUAGCAAACGCCCUGAUGUUAUAACAACAACUGACUGGGGUGCUCCGGUCAUCUGGGAAGGCACGUUCAAUAGACAUGUCCUGAACGACUACUACCAGAGGCAGAACAUCACCGUGGGCUUGGCUGUGUUUGCUGUAGGCAGGUUUGUAGAUGAGUACCUGGAACUGUUCAUACGAUCUGCUGACAAGCACUUCAUGGUUGGCUACAAAGUUAUCUUUUAUGUCAUGGUGGAUGCCUUGUUCCAGCUCCCUGACAUAGAGCUAGGUCCUCUCCGAACAUUCAAAGUGCUUAAAAUAAUCGAAGGAGACUUGUGGUACGACCUUAACCUCUUGCACAUGAAGAACUUGGGGGACUACAUCGUAGGGUACAUCCAGAAUGAAGCCGACUUCCUCUUCAGCAUGGCCGUCAACCAGGUCUUCCAGAAUGACUUUGGGGUGGAGACCCUGGGCAAGUCUGUGGCUCAGCUCCACGGGUGGUGGUAUUUUAAAAACACUAAGAAUUUUCCCUAUGAGAGAAGGCUUUGGUCAGCAGCCUGCAUCCCGUUCGGACUGGGAGAUUUCUAUUACGACAGCUCAAUUGUUGGUGGCACACCUCAGGAGGUUUUAACUCUCAUUGACAAGUAUCUAAAGGGUGUUGUCCAUGACACCAAAAAUAGACUCAACAGCACGUAUGAAAGCCAUCUGAACAAAUAUUUUUUCAUCAAUAAACCCAGCAAGCUGCUAUCACCAGAAUACAACUGGGACCCCAAGUUUCAUCUUCCCCCACAGAUUACGUAUAUUAAGGUGGCGUGGCAAUCAGAAAGGGGCUGA